AUGGUAGAACAAACAGGCACAAUCAAUGACCAUAUAAAUAAAGUGCCUAAGAGGUUACCAAUCAUUUGUCAUGACAACUGUAGUUCGCAUACAACAAAGAUAGUGAAACAAUAUUUAGAAGAAAAUAAUAUACAAGUUUAUCCAUUACCACCCUACAGUCUAGAUAUUAAUAUAGUUAAAAAUCUUUGGUCAAUUAUUAAAGAAAGGGUAUCAAAAAAGAUGUUUCGUGACCCAUCACAAGACCAAGUUCAAGUAUGUCAAGAAGAAUUUCAUUCAAUAGAAAAAUCAAUUAUAAAAUCAUUAUAUGAAUCACUCCCUGACCGAAUGGAUGCCAAUUUAAAAGCACAUGGAGGUAUAAAUUAA